CGGCAGCCACUGCACCCCAGCCGGGCGGUGAGUUCAGGGCUCUUGCGAGCUCCCUCGGCACAGCCUCCUACUUCUGCUUCAGCUUCCCCGGGCGCUGCUCCCGUCCCAGCGCCUGACUGUCCAAGCCUCUUGGUGCGCCGCCACUCCCGGCCGCUGCAGCCGCGUCCACACAGGCUCCCUGCUGGGCACCAACAGCUCCACCAUGGGGCUGGCCUGGGGACUUGGUGUCCUGCUCCUCCUGCAAGUGUGUGGCACCAACCGCAUUCCAGAGUCUGGGGGAGAUAACAGCGUGUUUGACAUCUUUGAACUCACCGGAGGUUCCCGCAAGGGCUCUGGGCGCCGGCUGGUGAGGGGCCCUGACCCCUCCAGCUCAGCUUUCCGCAUUGAGGAUGCCAAUCUGAUCCCCCCUGUGCCCGAUGACAAGUUCCAGGACCUAGUAGAUGCUGUGCGGGCAGAGAAGGGGUUCCUCCUCCUGGCCUCUCUGCGGCAGAUGAAGAAGACGCGGGGCACGCUGCUGGCCCUCGAGCGGAAAGACCACUCUGGCCAGGUCUUCAGCGUGGUCUCCAAUGGCAAGGCGGGCACCCUGGACCUGAGCCUGACUGUGCAGGGGAAGCAGCAUGUGGUGUCAGUGGAAGACGUGCUCCUGGCAACCGGCCAAUGGAAGAGCAUCACCCUGUUCGUGCAGGAGGACAGGGCCCAGCUGUACAUCGACUGUGAGAAGAUGGAGAACGCUGAGCUAGAGGUCCCCAUCCAAAGCAUCUUCACCAGGGACCUGGCCAGCAUCGCCAGGCUCCGCAUUGCAAAGGGAGGCGUCAAUGACAAUUUCCAGGGGGUGCUGCAGAAUGUCAGGUUUGUCUUUGGAACCACACCAGAAGACAUCCUCAGGAACAAAGGCUGCUCCAGCUCUACCAACGUCCUUCUUGCUCUCGACAAUGUGGUGAAUGGUUCCAGCCCUGCCAUCCGCACCAACUACAUCGGCCACAAAACAAAGGACCUGCAGGCCAUCUGCGGCAUCUCCUGUGAUGAGCUGUCCAACAUGGUCCUGGAACUCAGGGGCCUGCGCACCAUCGUCACCACGCUUCAGGACAGCAUCCGCAAAGUGACUGAAGAGAACAAGGAAUUGGCCAACGAGCUGAGGCGGUCUCCUCUCUGCUAUCACAACGGAGUUCAGUACAGGAAUAACGAAGAGUGGACUGUGGACAGCUGCACCGAAUGUCGCUGUCAGAACUCAGUCACCAUCUGCAAAAAGGUAUCCUGCCCCAUCAUGCCCUGUUCUAACGCCACAGUUCCUGACGGAGAAUGCUGCCCACGGUGUUGGCCCAGCGACUCUGCAGAUGAUGGCUGGUCUCCAUGGUCUGAGUGGACCUCCUGCUCCGUGACCUGUGGCAAUGGAAUUCAGCAGCGCGGCCGCUCCUGCGAUAGCCUCAACAACCGAUGCGAGGGCUCCUCAGUCCAGACACGGACCUGCCACAUUCAGGAGUGCGAUAAAAGAUUUAAACAGGAUGGCAGCUGGAGCCACUGGUCCCCGUGGUCAUCUUGCUCGGUGACAUGUGGUGAUGGUGUGAUCACAAGGAUCCGGCUCUGCAACUCUCCCAGCCCCCAGUUGAACGGGAAGCCAUGUGAAGGGGAAGCUCGAGAGACUAAAGCCUGCAAGAAAGACGCCUGCCCAAUCAAUGGAGGCUGGGGUCCCUGGUCACCAUGGGACAUCUGUUCUGUCACCUGUGGAGGAGGGGUGCAGAAACGUAGCCGGCUCUGCAACAACCCCACACCCCAAUUUGGAGGCAAGGACUGCAUUGGUGAUGUGACGGAAAACCAGAUCUGCAACAAGCAGGAUUGUCCAAUUGAUGGAUGUCUGUCCAAUCCCUGCUUUGCCGGUGCCAAGUGUACUAGCUACCCCGAUGGCAGCUGGAAAUGUGGUGCUUGCCCUGCGGGUUAUAGCGGAAAUGGCGUCCAGUGCACAGAUGUUGAUGAGUGCAAAGAAGUGCCCGAUGCCUGCUUCAACCACAAUGGAGAACACAGGUGUAAGAACACAGACCCCGGCUACAACUGUCUGCCCUGCCCACCUCGCUUCACUGGCACGCAGCCCUUUGGCCAGGGCAUCGAACACGCCACCGCCAACAAACAGGUGUGCAAGCCCCGCAACCCCUGCACAGACGGGACACACGAUUGCAACAAGAAUGCCAAGUGCAACUACCUCGGCCAUUACAGCGACCCCAUGUACCGCUGCGAGUGCAAGCCUGGCUAUGCAGGCAACGGCAUCAUCUGCGGAGAGGACACAGACCUCGACGGCUGGCCCAAUGAGGACCUGGUCUGUGUGGCCAAUGCAACUUACCACUGCAAAAAGGACAACUGUCCCAACCUUCCCAACUCAGGGCAGGAAGACUAUGACAAGGAUGGAAUCGGCGAUGCCUGUGACGAUGACGAUGACAAUGAUAAAAUUCCAGACGAUCGGGACAACUGUCCAUUCCAUUACAACCCAGCCCAGUAUGACUAUGACAGAGAUGAUGUGGGCGACCGCUGUGAUAACUGUCCCUACAACCACAACCCAGAUCAGGCUGACACAGACAACAAUGGGGAAGGAGACGCCUGUGCGGCUGACAUUGAUGGGGAUGGUAUCCUCAAUGAAAGAGACAACUGCCAGUACGUGUACAAUGUCGACCAGCGGGAUACGGAUAUGGAUGGGGUUGGAGAUCAGUGUGAUAACUGCCCCCUGGAACACAAUCCAGAUCAGCUGGACUCUGACUCGGACCGCAUUGGAGAUACCUGUGACAGCAAUCAGGAUAUUGAUGAAGAUGGCCACCAGAACAACCUAGACAACUGCCCCUAUGUGCCCAACGCCAACCAGGCCGACCACGACAAGGAUGGCGUGGGAGAUGCCUGUGACCAUGAUGAUGACAAUGAUGGCAUUCCUGAUGACAGGGACAACUGCAGACUGGUGUCCAAUCCUGACCAGAAGGACUCUGACGGUGAUGGUCGAGGUGAUGCUUGCAAGGAUGAUUUUGACCAGGACAGUGUGCCAGACAUCGAUGACAUCUGUCCUGAGAAUGUUGACAUCAGUGAGACUGAUUUCCGCCGAUUCCAGAUGAUUCCUUUAGAUCCCAAAGGAACAUCCCAAAAUGAUCCUAACUGGGUUGUACGCCAUCAGGGUAAAGAGCUUGUCCAGACUGUCAACUGUGACCCUGGGCUUGCUAUAGGUUAUGAUGAAUUUAAUGCUGUGGACUUCAGUGGCACAUUCUUCAUCAACACCGAGAGGGAUGAUGACUAUGCCGGAUUUGUGUUUGGCUACCAGUCCAGCAGCCGCUUCUAUGUUGUGAUGUGGAAGCAGGUCACCCAGUCCUACUGGGACACCAACCCCACAAGGGCUCAGGGGUACUCAGGCCUUUCUGUGAAAGUUGUGAACUCCACCACAGGACCUGGCGAGCACCUGCGGAAUGCUCUGUGGCAUACAGGAAACACCCCUGGCCAGGUGCGAACCCUGUGGCAUGACCCUCGUCAUAUAGGCUGGAAAGAUUUCACUGCCUACAGAUGGCGUCUCAGCCACCGGCCAAAGACAGGCUUCAUUAGAGUGGUGAUGUAUGAAGGGAAGAAGAUCAUGGCUGACUCGGGACCUAUCUAUGACAAGACCUACGCUGGUGGCAGGCUAGGGUUGUUUGUCUUCUCUCAAGAAAUGGUGUUCUUCUCCGACCUGAAAUACGAGUGCAGAGAUUCCUAAUCAUCAAACUGUUGAUCAAAAGACUGAUGGUAACCAAUGCUGGUAUUGCACCUUCUGGAACCAUGGGCUUGAGAAAACCCCGGGAUCGCUCCUCCCUUCUUCCUUUUUUCUCUGCUUGCAUCAAUGUGGACUCCUAGGAUAUAUGACCUGCCUCGAGAAAAUGCAGUUUUCAAAAACAGACUCAGCAUUCUUCCUCCAACGAAUGAGAAGACAUCUUUCAAGAAUAUACACAAUGACUUCUGACAUCUUUCAAGAAUAUACACAAUGACUUCUGGCAUCUUUCAAGAAUAUACACAAUGACUUCUGGCAUCUUUCAAGAAUAUACACAAUGACUUCUGGCUUGCUUUUGAAAAAGCACAAGCAUCUCCUUGCUUCAGCUGGGAAGAUGACUGCUCCACUCUGCUUUCAUCACAGAGUGCUGUCGCGAGGCCAUCUCUGAGCAGUGGACUCAGCAGCAUUUCAGGCAUGUGAGAGAAGGGAGGACUCAUUAGAAUUAGCCAACAAAACCACCCCUGACAUACUCCCUCAGGAAUAGGGGGAGUCGGGGCCAAAGCACUAAGGGGAAGGUGUGUACCCAAGAGACGAUUGUAUGAAGAAAAUGUGGAGGAACUGUUACAUGUUCGGUACUAAUCAUUUUCAGGGGAUUAAAAAACUAUUGUUGGAUUUCA